AUGAUGGCACAGGCUGAUUUCAUAGAAUUCAAGGCAUCCAGAUCCCAUUCACAGUACAAAUUGAACUCUAUUGAUUUCGAUGAUUUUGCGUACAACUUGAAUAAAACGAUAUACAAUUUCUAAAAGUCAUAAGAAGGAAAAACGAUAGAUAAAAUUUCUAAAUUUAGAAGGGCAAAGAGCUUCUUAUAUGUCAAAAAACAUGAAUCAACCAACGCUAUCUAUUAGACCUUCAGUAGGAACGCUCCUGGAUUCGAUGAAAAUGAAACCAAGGAACUCAUGGAGCUCAUUCUCUAGUUAGAAUAUUUAUUCAUUCUCUACCACAAAUUCUAUCCAGAUCAAAGUAACCCAGUUUUGCUCACGUCCUAUCUAAAUUGUCUAACCUACAAUAAAGAAAAAUAUUUUGAUAAUUACACCAAUGACAUCUCGGAAACCCUCCAAAUGUCAAUUUUACGUAAUUCUUAAUAAAGAAUUAUCGAAGAAAAAACUGACGAAAACCUAAUAAAAUUCUUAGUCAAUGAGAUCAAUAGAAGGAAUAAAUAUAAGAAAAAUAUGUAACUUAUCAGAAGUGAUUUAAACAAAUUUCAAAAACUUUAACAAAAUUAUGAAAUUUAAAGGAAAACCAAAUAAUUAGAGCAUACUAAAUCAAAUAUGUUAGUGGCAUCAUUAAAAAUAGUAUUUUAAAAUACUUAAAACCAUUCAAUUAAUGUUCGAUUUCCAUUGAUUGAUUAAAAUAAAUCAUUAUGUUUGGAUUUUGAGAAACUACUGAAGUAAGGGGAUAUUCACGAUCUAUUUAAAUAAUGGAACAAUUACAUUGACAUCACAUCUUCUCAUUCAGAAAUCACAUUGCUAAUCUCAAUCGUCUAAGAUCUCUUUCAAGAGGAAAGUUGGAUAAUCAAAUCCAUUCUUGAAUAGGUCUAAGAUGAAUCCAUCAUCUCUAUUGAUAAAAUAAUCUUGCAAAUUGGGGCCUUAACAUAAUUCUGCCCCAAAUGCUUGAAUGUUAUGGAUAGGAGUCACAAGGAAAUCGCUUAUUUGUUAUAGUCGAAACUAUAAAAAUAAUUGUUGAGCCUAUAAAUUAACGAAAAUCUAAGCAUUUAAAAAUAAGUCAUGAUUAUGCAAAAUUCAUAAGAGGAGUUAUAAAAGGAAGAUGAAAGACAUAGUUUAGAGAAUGCUUUGUUAUAAUCAAACAAUUUGAAAAUGUGUUUAAUACCUUAAGGAUUGAUGAGCUAAUUGUUUUUCAUUCACAGAUAUUCUGAUAAUGGUACUCAAGCAGAGGAAGAGGAGGAAUAACAUUAGAUUCAAGAAUAGAAACAAGAUUCUCAAUAAAAAAUUCAAUUAGAAAAUAGCUAAAUUAAAUUUAAUAGAUAAUUUGUUCGAUAGGCCUCAAGAAGAACUAGCCUAAUAAGUUUUGGAUAUUCUGAAAUGCAAGCUGAAUAUUCAGAUUUUGAACCACUCAGACAAAAAUUGACAGAUAUGAAAAUUCAUUCAACUGUGUAUAUGGAAAAUGCGGAUAAAAAGGAAUGGAAGAAGAUAUUUGAUAAGAUUAAAUAGGAGAAAAUGUAAAAUUAAGAAUUUCUAAAAAAUUAAUCAAUAUCUUCUAAUUCAUCUUUUGAAAUGAAUUGUAUUGACGAAAAGUUUUUGAAAUAGAUGAAAGUCUUCUUAUAAAAUCAAUAAAUGAGAAGACAAUGA